AUGGCAUCUGUAUUGUCUUUACCAUCUAAUGUUCCAUUCCUUAUUCAAUCACCUCAAACAACUGUAACUACUGAACGAUCUCAUUCAAAACGUUUUUAUACAUUUAUUCAUUAUGAACAUUCAACGCAUCUACGUCGUUUUAUUAUUUUAUUUUCUAUUAUCAUCUUUGUUUCUCUUGCAUUUGCUUGGCUUAUUGCUGGACUUGUUCGUCUUCGCCAAACAGCAUCUUAUUUAGAAUCAUGUGCAGCUCGAAAAGUUCAAUGUGCUGCAGGAACAGAUUUAGUAUGUAGUUUGUCUUCAUCAAUAUGUCUUUGUCCGGAACAAACUUUUUGGGAUAAUAAAAAACAAAAAUGUCUUACAGUAAAAACAAUUAAUACAGCUUGUUCAAAAAAUGAACAAUGUGAUACAAAUAAAGGUCUCAUUUGUCAUACGAAUGGUACAUGUCAAUGUUCUCAAAAUACAUAUUAUACAACUACAGGGUGUGUGACUUAUUCAUUAUUUGGUGCUUCAUGUCUGACAUCCAGUGCUCCAUUAUGUAAUACACAACUUGGUCUUAUAUGUGAUACAGUAACACAAACAUGUAUAUGUUCUUCAUCAACAUAUUGGUCCUAUGCUCGAUGUGAACAACUUUCAACAUAUACUGGUUAUUGUGAUCGAAAUAUAAGUUGUAAUACUCUGGUUGGCCUUUUUUGUCGUUUACCUGGUUCAAACUUACCAUGUGAUUGUCCUCUUCAAUCAAAAUUUUAUACAUGUGAUUGUCUUCAAGGACAAACAUGGGUUACAGCAACAAGUAUUAAUGGAACAUCAACAUGUAUGAAUCAAGUAACAUAUUCUAAUAAUUGUACAUAUGAUAGUCAAUGUCCACAGACAUUAAAUCUUGCUUGUAUUGGUGGUAUUUGUGAUUGUGAUAUACCUUUAUGGUAUUGGUCAUGGACUUCAAAUAAAUGUAUUGCUUGUGAAUCUCUAGGGUAUAUAUUGAUUCGAUAUUCAUCUCAAUGGGUGUGUACACAAUUAAUUAGUUCAUCAUUAAUGACAUAUACGGCUAGCAAAUCAGCGUGUACUGCUUUAGGUUGGUCUUUGAUUAGUCCAAUAUUUGCAUCGGAUAUUUCAGUUAUUGCUAAAGCUUAUCCAACAUAUCGUCUUUGGAUUAAUAUGGAAACUUCACUUGGUAGUUCGAUCUAUACAAAUAAUAUUUUUCCCAAUAAUCAAUCGAAUUGGAAUACUUCUGUGUCAAGAUCUUUAACAGCUGUUUAUUCUACGUAUACAUAUGCUUUACAAAUUAUACCUUCAUAUGAUAAAACAAUGCUUUUCGAAGGAAAUACGAAUUUGGAUAUGGGACAUGCACUUUGUGCGAUUUAUUAA